AUGUUGUCCAAGCUUCAGCCAAGGAGACUAAUCCAGGUAUACAGAGUAAUGAGAGCUACUAGAGUCUCAAGAGUCAGCUCUCUGAGGUACGCCAGACCUAUUUCUGUAUGCAAUCUUCAUUACUUUAAUAAGAGAUUUUCCUCAGAGAGUUAUUUAAUCAAGACCAAUGAUUAUACGGAAGAAAAAUUGCAGCGGCUGGAGGACCUGUACGAGAUUUGCCAAAGAGAUAGGGGCUACAACUACGAUGCUUUCGAGUCAUCAGCCUACAAUUACUUCAAGGAACUCAACCGUAGAGGGAAAUACCGGGUUGUAAAGAGGUUGUAUGAAACAUAUCAUCUUGAGCAGUCUCAUACUCCAUUUACAGAAAAAGUAGAUGAGCAGUAUAGAUAUGCUUUAGAAAACAUCACAGCUCUUAAUAAUGCAGCAAUGUCAGCAGCAAUGGACGAUGCCUCUUAUAAGAACAAGUCUAGCUCCCAGAAGACUUACAUGAUUGUAGAUUUCAUCUUCAAUAUUUUAAGUGUUGGAGUCAUUCUCUAUGUUGGCCUAAUCUUCUUAGGUAGCCUUGACUUUAAGUCACCAGAUGAGAUGGCCAAAUUCGAGAUCAAAAUGGCUGAUGAUAUUGACACCAGGCUCGAUGAUGUCAAAGGAAUCGAAGAGAUCAAGGACGAAAUCAGAAAUUUAAUCAAAAUGAUUAAGGACCCAUUCAAAUACACUGAGAAAGGAGCCAAAGUGCAUAAAGGUGUCCUUCUCUUUGGAGAUCCAGGUGUUGGUAAGACUCUUCUUGCCAGAGCAAUUGCAGGCGAAUCAGGAGUUAACUUCAUAUUCUGUACUGGUUCUACAUUCGAUGAGAUGUUUGUAGGUGUCGGAGCUAAGAGAGUCAGGCAGCUCUUCCAAACAGCUAGAGAGAAGUCUCCUUGUAUCAUAUUCAUUGAUGAAAUUGACUCUUUGUUAAGCAAGAGUAGGAGAUUUGCAAAAGAGCAUAGUUCUAAUAGAAGCACUCUCAACCAAAUUCUUGCAGAAAUGGACGGAUUUAACGAAUCUGAAAACAUCAUCGUUAUUGGAGCAACAAACCAUGAGGGUGACCUUGACCCAGCUGCUGUUAGACCGGGGCGAUUUGAUAAGAAAAUCCAUGUGCCUAAGCCAGAUCUUGAUGGCCGUAAAGACAUUCUCAAACUGUACCUUGAAAAGGUGAAUAUCACUGACGACAUUGAAGUUGAAAAAUUGGGUAAGAUGACUCCAGGAUUUUCUGGAGCCGAUCUAGAAAAUCUUGUAAACACUGCCAUCGCUGAUGCUGUUCACAAGGACAAGACCCAUGCAGACAUGAAAGACUUUGAGGAGGCCAAAGAUCGUAUAAUCAUGGGAAUUGAGAGGAAAAAUUUACAUAUAGGCAAUAGGAUCAGGCUGAACACCGCAAUUCGUGAAGCAGGUCGUGCUCUCACCUGCUAUUAUACAGAAGGGAGCCAGAAGCUCUACAAAGCAACUAUUGUGAACAGAGGAGCUAGCACUGGAGCUACUUUCACUCUUCCAGACGAAAGCGACAUGAUUGCAUUAUCCAAAGAGAAACUUCUUGCUCAUAUAGACAUUUGUCUUGGAGGAAUGGCAGCAGAAGAAAUUAUCUUCAAGGAAUUCAGCCCUGAUAACAUGAAUGCCAUCAGCACUGAAGGAGGAAAGCAUUUAGCAAGAGCCACUAAUUUAGCCAAGAGUGGUGUCAGGGAAUAUGGUAUGUUCGGAGAAGAAGGAAGCUCCUUCAUCAGCUCUUCCAAAGAUGACACUUCCGAUGAGUUCACCCAGAUGGUAGACCUCAAGGUUAAAGAGAUCCUUGACGAAUCCCAUGAGAGAGUGCAUAAUCUUCUCAAGACAAAGACUAAGGAGAUCGAGUUGCUCGCCAAGAACCUUUUCUGGUAUGACUAUCUCACUGAGGAAGAGAUUAAGAAAAUCCUGAAGGGGGAGAAGCUUGACAAGUACCAUAUCAGAGAAUGGGAAGAUGAGGAGGAAUACUUGUUCCACUUUAGUGCUUCAGAUGAGAAUUCAGAUCCAAGCUUGUCAAAGCCAGCAACAAUAUAA